AUGCAGUACCCCAGUACCCAUCUAUACCAGACAGUACCCCAUCUAUACCAGGUAUUACCCCGCCUAUACCAGGCAGCACUCCGCCUAUACCACACAGUACCCCCACCUAUACCAGGCAGUACCACGCCUAUACCAGGCAGCACUCCGCCUAAACCAGGCAGCACCCCACCUAUAGCAGGCAUUACCACGCCUAUACCACACAGUAUCCCUACCUAUACCAGGCAGCACCCCACCUAUACCACACAGUACCCCCACCUAUACCAGGCAGUACCCCCGCUUAUACCAGGCAGCACUCCGCCUAUACCAGGCAGCACCCCACCUAUACCAGGCAGUCCCACUCCUAUAUCAGACAGUACCCCGCCUAUACCAGGCAGUAUCCUGCCUUUACCAUGCAGUACCCCAGUACCCCGCCUAUACCAGACAGUACCCCACCUAUACCAGGUAUUACCCCGCCUAUACCAGGCAGCACUCCGCCUAUACCACACAGUACCCCCACCUAUACCAGGCAGUACCACGCCUAUACCAGGCAGCACUCCGCCUAUACCAGGCAGCACCCCACCUAUAUCAGGCAUUACCACGCCUAUACCACACAGUAUCCCUACCUAUACCAGGCAGCACCCCACCUAUACCACACAGUACCCCCACCUAUACCAGGCAGUACCACGCCUAUACCAGGCAGCACUCCGCCUAUACCAGGGUGCACCCCACCUAUACCAGGCAGUACCACGCCUAUACCACACAGUACCCCAGUACCCCGCCUAUACCAGACAGUACCCCGCCGAUACCAGGCAGUACCCCGCCUAUACCAGGCAGUACCCCGCCUAUACUAGACGGCACCCCACCAAUACCAGGCAGUAUCCCGCCUGUACUAGACAGUACCCCGCCUAUACCAGGCAGCACCCCUCCUAUACCAGGCAGUACCCCGCCUAUACCAGGAAGUACCCCAGUACCCCGCCUAUACCAGACAGCACCCCACCUAUACCAGGCAGUAUCCCGCCUGUACCAGACAGUACUCCGCCUAUACCAGGCAGCACCCCGCCUAUACCAGACAGCACCCCACCUAUGCGAGGCAGUACCCCGCCUAUACCAGACAGUACCCCGCCUAUGCCAGGCAGUAUCCCGCCUAUACCAGACAGCACCCCGCCUAUACCAGACAGCACCCCACCCAUACCAGGCAGUAUCCCGCCUGUACCAGACAGUACUCCGCCUAUACCAGGCAGCACCCCGCCUAUACCAGACAGCACCCCACCUAUGCCAGGCAGUACCCCGCCUAUACCAGGCAUUAACUGA